AUGGUGGGCUCGGAUCCGGAGCCUGACAUCGCCGAGCUCUUCUGCCACUACAACGCCCUCUACUUCGAGGACUCCCUCGGCGCGUGCGCCGUCUCCUGGGCGGAGGAGCCACUCCCCUACGGUGAUACAAGUGGCUGUGAGUAUUAUCCUGGCGGCGGUGGCUGUAUUGUACUUCUUUCGAAGUCCUUGUAUGAAUUUCACACAUACUCCGAUCUGAAGAAUGUUUUGCUCCAUGAGAUGAUUCAUGCCUAUGUGUGCAUCAAAGAUAAUAACACUAGCCAUAGUAACCAUGGUCCAAACUUUCAGAAGUUAAUGAAUACAAUCAAUUCCAGCUCUGUACCAGAUCGUCAUCGUCCUCUUGGUGGCUACAACAUAAUUACGCUCCAUGAUAUCAGAAAGAAAUGUUAUAAAUACAAAGUAAGUAUCUGGACUUGUGACGUCUGUGGAGAUUUUGUUAGAUCAACCAAGAUCAGAGGACCUUCACAUGAUGACUGCAUUGAGAGAAUGGGUGCUAAUUCCUCGUGCCCAAAUUCAGCUUGUCAAUGGCAUAGGCACAAGAAGGGGUGCUCCGGUAGCUAUUAUAGAGUUGGAAAAUCAGCUCCAGGCUGUGCAGAACUAGGGGGUUCAGUAGCUUCAGCUGAAGAAACACUUGAUGAACGCAAGGCUGCCAAAUCAGCCAGUGGAAGUUGGCAUGCCAAACAUACAUCAAAUAAGUCAGGGACAAGCAAUAAGCAUGAACUGGAAGAUGCACCAGCUGAGUUCCAUCAUUCUACUAAUGAUGCAGUCGACAAAUCAGGACUGGGCUCCUCUUCAGGGGACAGGUGUAAUAAGAAAAUCAAAUUAUCCAAGGACAUUCGCUUUGGCAACCUGACUGGCACAACUGUUCAGGAAGCACCAAAGCGACCAAGAACAGAUACAGCAAAAAGGAACCAAGAGUGCAGCAGACAAAAGAAAAGGAAAACCAGUAAGUGGGAUGGAUCCUAUUCAAUAAUAGUCGAGCGGUUGAAUUAUUACUGUUUCGAUGAUUCAGAUGAAGAUGAGGUACCUUUGAUCAAUAAAAGAACCGAAAUGAGAAAACGACAAAGGUUACUGAAAAAUUCUCAGGCAACAGAAUCAAACGAUGGUAGAAAGGAUGUGUGUUUUGAUUCUUGUUCUCAAGGCUCAGGGGACAAGAACAUAUCUGAAAGUGCGCCUGCUUCUCAAGUCGAAGAACGGUCGUUGCCAGAUCAUCUUGUGCAUAAUCGUGUAGCUGCUCCAGGUCAAACAGACCAUGAAACUGUGGACUGCGCAAUUGGUGAAAUUGUGGACAUUUCAGAUGGGUAA